AUGCUGGAGCGCGGCCCGGUGUCCCGGAUCCUGUUCCCCGCGCCUCCCCCGAGCUACGGCCGGGCCAGCUGGCCGCAGGACCUGAUCUGGAUCCCGAGGGCGAGAAGGCGUGGAAAAGGCCCCGGGGCAGCCCCCGCCCCCGGCGCGCCGGCGCCGGAGCCGUCGGCGGAGGACCGGAUACCGUGUCUCUUGCUGACGUGCCCGUCCGCCAGGUUCCUCGUCAUCUAUUUCCACAGUAACGCGGAGGACCUGGGCCGCUGCCGCGGCUUCUGCCGCUACCUGCGCCAGCAGUUCCAGGUCCACGUGCUCGCCGUGGAGUACCCGGGCUACGGGGCGUGCCCGGGCAUCGCCUCGGGCGACAGCGUGAUGGAGAACGCCCUGUCGGCGGCGGAGUUCGCGCGCGGGACGCUGAAGUGGCCCCUGGACAGCACAAUGGUGUUCGGCCGCUCCAUCGGCACGGGUCCGGCCACGGCCCUGGCCUCCAUGUUCCGCAUUGCCGGGCUCAUCCUGGUAACGCCGUUCAUGUCGAUCCGGGAGCUCUUCCGGGACCGCGUGGGGCCGCUGGCCGGGCUGGUGGAGGAGUGGUUCCCGAACUGCGAGGCGGCGUCAAAGGUCGCGAGCCCCACGCUGAUCAUUCACGGCCAGCGCGACCAGCUUAUUUCGUGCCGCCAUGGGGAGGCUAUCUACGAGCGGCUUCGUGGGCGCAAGCUCCUGGUCUCGCCGCCCGACAUGGAGCACAACACGAAUCUGCUCAGCAGCGCCCAGCUGUUCGUCGCCCCGAUGUUUCAGUUUUUUGCCCUGCCUGGCUGCGCGGGCGAGGACUUGGGACGGGGGCUGGGGCGGCCGGUGGACCACGCGAGCGGCGUCGCUACAGCGAAGGAUGGCUUCGGGGUGGCCGGACUCUCGGCGUUCCAGCGUCCCACAGGGCAGUUGAGCGAUGAGGAGAUCAGGUGGAACACUCAGAUGAUAGACUGGGAGCGUCGGAACCCGCCAGGGGCGACUGGGAUCGAAGACUGUGCACGGUACCAGUGGGAUCUGCAGCGGUGGGUGAGGCAGCAGCGGCGCCUGUCAAACGCCCAGAGUCGCCAGAGAGAGGCGUCGCCGCGCCAGCGCCAGUUGGCUGCAACAGCGUCAAGCGGGCGGCGAGAGGCAGCAACAGCUCGCGAGGGCGCAGGCGCUAGUGGCCCGCCGAUGGCGGCGAGGAGCGGGCUCAGGCUGACGGAGCUUCCGUCGGGGGCCGACAGGGCGCGGGCCCAGGCCGAGCAGUCGGGUGAUCCGCACCACACGAUUGUGAUCUCCGACAGCGACUCCCCCCGAGAGGAGGAGGACGAUUGGAAACAAAAGACUCCGUGGGCCAAGCGCGCGCCAGCGAAGAGGGUCAGUGACGCGCCCGCGGAGGGCCAGCCACUUCCGAAACGGAUGCCCGCCCGCCCGCCACGGCCAAUCGAUUUAUCGGGCAGGGUCGCGCCGCCGCCGCCGGUGACGAGAGAGCAGCUGCGACAAGCGGCGGACCACUACAAGCCCGAGCCAGAGCGAGCGCGGCAGGAACACAUGGAGGCUGAGCGGCGCCAGCUCUUAUCCCAGGCUCCACGAGGGUCAGCCACGCGGGCGACGACGGUUUCUGCCAUCAUGAAGCACAGCGAGGAGCCUAUCGGGCGCGGGAAACUUCUUAAGCGGCAGGCGGAACAGACGACGAAUGCCCGCAUAGCUGCAAGAGCCAAGGCAGCCUUCCCACUACGUGCAAAGGUCGGUCAGACGGCGGAGCAGCCCAAAGGUUACAAGUCCAUCGCCAAGCUGCCCCCCGAGGAGGCCGCAGUCGUCGAGCAGAGCAAGCCGAAGCGCCUGCCACCCUUCGUCUUGUCGUCCCCGCACGAGGCCAUUCCCGCGCGCCACAAGGGCUGGGCGCUGGUCGAGGGCGCAGCGUGGGACCCCGGCAAGUUAGUUCUGGAACUAAAGCUGCGGGGGGAGAGGAACAAGAUGAUACAUGAGUACCUCCUAGCCGGCUUCCCCGUGUGGCAGCAAGACGGGCUAACCACCGCUAUCACCACGAUGCUCAAUUUCUUGACCAACGCUGCUCCAAACCUUAUGGCACAGAACAUGGACGAGAAGAUGGAUCAGAUUCUGGACCUCCUGCGGGCACAGGGACAGGCGCUCCAGGACCUGCAGAAGAAAGUCGAAGAGCUCGAUCAGAAAGUAGAGGAGCUCAAUCAGCAGGACAAGCAGCAGGGCCAGUGA